UCGCUGCCGCGCGGCCCCGCCCCCGCCGCGCCUGGCCGAGGCGAGCGGAGCCGCGGGCGCUGCGGGCGGACAAGAUGGCGGCGCCGGGCGAGUACUUCAGCGUGGGCAGCCAGGUGUCCUGCCGCACCUGCCAGGAGCAGCGCCUCCAGGGCGAGGUCGUCGCCUUCGACUACCCCAGCAAGAUGCUGGCGCUCAAAUGCCCCUCUUCCAGUGGCAAGCCCAACCACGCAGACAUCCUGCUCGUAAACUUACAGUACGUGUCAGAAGUGGAAAUAAUCAAUGACCGCACGGAAACGCCUCCCCCUUUAGCCUCCCUCAACGUCAGCAAGCUUGCCAACAAAGCACGGACGGAGAAGGAGGAGAAGAUGAGCCAGGCGUAUGCAAUUAGUGCUGGUGUCUCUCUGGAGGGGCAGCAGCUCUUCCAGACCAUCCAUAAGACCAUUAAAGACUGUAAAUGGCAGGAGAAGAACAUAGUUGUGAUGGAAGAAGUCGUCAUUGCCCCUCCCUACCAGGUGGAAAACUGCAAAGGCAAAGAGGGGAGCGCCCUGAGCCACGUACGCAAAAUAGUGGAGAAACAUUUCCGGGACGUGGAAAGCCAGAAGGUCCUGCAGCGUUCACAAGCACAGCAGACACAGAAGGACACGUCCCUGUCAUCCUGAGGCCACCUCGAGGCCACCACCCUGUCCCCGUGUCCCCUCCCCGGAGGCGGCGCCGGGGGCACCUUCAACUUUUAUUUCCUUUUUUUUUUUUUUUUUUUUUUUUUUUUUUUUUUUUUUUUUUUUUUUUUUUGG